AUGGAGUUGGGUUCAAUGUGGAUGGUUGUUUUGUGCAGUACUAGCUUUGUUGGUGUCUUUGUGACCCUGAAGUGGCUUCUGAUGAACGUAAACCGGUGGCUUUACGAAACCCCGUUGGGGGUAAAGAAGCACUGUCUCCCUCCUGGUGACUUAGGCUUGCCUUUCAUUGGCAACAUGUGGUCAUUCCUCAAAGCCUACAAGUCCUCUGAUCCUGAAUCCUUCAUCGACUCCUUCGUUUCCAGAUUUGGAAAAACUGGAAUCUACAAGGCUUUCAUGUUUGGGAGUCCCAGUGUAAUUUGUACAGCGCCAGAAACAUGCAAAAGAGUUUUGACAGAUGAUGAUGCAUUUCAGCCUGGUUGGCCUGCUGCCACUGUUGAACUUAUUGGAAAGAAAUCUUUCGUUUCCAUACCUUUUGAAGAGCACAAGCGUCUGAGAAGGCUAACAGCAGCUCCGAUUAACGGUCAUGAAGCUUUGUCUAUGUACAUACCAUAUAUUGAGGAGAUUGUUAUCUCUUCUCUGGAAAAGUUGGCCACCAUGGGACAGAUGGAGUUUUUAACUCAACUCAGAAAGAUUACUUUCAAAAUUAUUAUGUAUAUCUUUCUUAGCACAGAGAGUGAGUCUGUGAUGGAAGCUCUAGAGAAGGAAUAUACAAACCUCAACUAUGGAGUUAGAGCCAUGGCAAUCAAUUUCCCGGGAUUCGCUUAUCAUAAGGCACUUAAGGCUCGGAGGAAUCUUGUUGCUACUUUUCAGUCUAUUGUAGAUGAACGCAGAGCUCAAAAGAAGGCCGGCAAUUUCUUCACAAAGAAGAAAGAUAUGAUGGAUGCUCUGGUGGAUGUUCAAGACGAAGAUGGAAGGAAACUUACAGAUGAAGAAAUCAUUGACAUUCUGGUAAUGUACUUGAAUGCUGGCCAUGAGUCUUCUGGCCAUACCAUGAUGUGGGCGACAGUUUUGUUACAAGAACACCCGAAAGUAUUCCAGAAAGCCAAGGCAGAGCAAGAAGAGAUUUUAGAGAGGAGGCCACCAACUCAGAAGGGUUUGACACUUCAGGAAUAUCGAGAAAUGGAAUAUCUUUCCAAGGUCAUCGAUGAAACUCUUCGGUACAAUUCAUUCUCACUUAUGGUGUUUCGAGAGGCAAAAAUGGAUGUCAACAUAAAUGGUUAUAUCAUUCCAAAGGGAUGGAAAGCGUUGACCUGGUUUAGAGAAAUUCACUGGGAUUCUGAAAUAUAUCCAAAUCCAAAUGAAUUUAACCCUUCAAGAUGGGAUAACUAUACACCCAAACCAGCAACAUUUCUUCCCUUCGGAGCUGGAAGCAGGCUGUGCCCGGGAAAUGAUCUUGCUAAGCUGGAAAUUGCUGUUUUCCUUCACCACUUUCUUCUUGAUUAUGAGCUGGAGCGAGUUGAUCCUAAGUGCCCAAUGAUGCACUUGCCUCAUCCUAGGCCAAAAGACAAUUGCUUGGGAAGAAUCAAGAAAUGUGCCCGUUGA